CGAGUUCGCAGCGAGUCAAUCCGCAGCAGGAGACACGCGACGCGGGUCCCUAAGUACGCGACUUCCCGAUGCGGGACUCGGCGGCCCGCCUUCGCGACUGCCUGCUGCUAUUCACCGUUUCGUCCCUCUUCUCCAUCGUCGGUGGCGAGGCCGGCAGGGAGCAGGGGCUGCCCUGCAGCGGGUUCGAGCCGGAGAGGUGCCGGUGCUCGAAGGACCUGAAGGAGUUCUAUUGCAGGACGGCGGGGUUCGAGCGGGUGCCCGGCACCUUGCCCGCUUUCGUCAACAAAUUGGACCUUACCAGCAACAAUAUAUCAGUCAUCAAUGAAACUUCUAUGGCUCGGUAUCCUCUUCUAGAAGAACUGAUAUUAUCGGACAAUAAUCUGGAGUUUAUCCAUCCGAAUUCAUUCUCGAAGAAUUUAUUCCUCAAGAGACUAUUGUUACAAGGCUGUGGACUCAAAGAGAUACCAAGUGAAGCUUUAACACCUUUAGGAAAACUUCAAACUCUGCAAAUCGGCAACAACGACGUCCGUCGAGUGGAGAAGGGCGCCUUCGGCGGCGCUGCGACGUCACUGCGCAGCCUGCGUCUCGACGCCAACAGGCUCGGCGUCGUGCCGUUCGACGCUAUGGCCGAGCUCGCGCACCUCGAGGUCCUGAAUAUAGGCAACAACUUGAUCAAGUCUUUAGCUUCCGACGCCUUUCCAGUAAUGGAAAACCUAAUAGUUUUGUAA